AUGUCUCGUGAAAGUGUCCGUUUGCUCGAUGUCGGAGUUACUGCAUUUGGACUCUACGCAUCUGACUACGACUUCAAUGCGUCCAACCUUGUCCUUGAUGCGCUUCCCGCAAUCAUACCUCUUUCUGGCGGUCGUAUACAUCUGCGUAUACUCAAAUACCCUGAGAUUCCAGUGACCUUUGAGAGUGUCUCAGCCGCAAUCACCGACAUUUGGAAUACACCAAGCGCCGAGUGGGUUACCAACCUCGCAGAUUUGACGUCGAAAAAGGUCGAAUAUGAACAGACCUGGAAGGCCCUGGGUCAGCCAGAUCUUGUUCUCCAUAUAGGGCAAAUGCGCAGCUUUGCAGGAUACUCACUCGAGAGGCUCGCGAACAGAGACGGAUACGAACGUAGAGAUCUGGAAGACAAGGUACCGGAGACAUCACCUCAUCUAGACGAACACGACACAUCGGUGGAGCGUAAGUUCGCGUUCACAAAGGAGAUAUUGUACCCGGCAGUGGACAUCGAGAAGGUUGCAGCGAAAGUGAGGGGCGCCUUGCCGGUACAGUGUAUGGUCGCAUCGAGUGCCUAUUGGUUCUAA